CAUUGGGGGGCGGGAGGGGGGAGGGUGUUCAUCGCGAACGUUGCGCUCCGCUGGCGGAGGCCGCAUCCCAUCCGCCCCACUGAAGGAGACCGGCCGGCCGGCUGGCUGGCUCCGGUUCCCGGUCUUUGUUGUGCCGGCGUUUCUGUGAAGGCAUCCGUGCGGCUUUGGCGCCUCCGUUUUCCCGUUGUUGGCGUCAGCGGCUCCCGGCCUCAUCGCUGCAUCGUGAGGGGCGCCCUCGGCGGGCUGAGUAACAAUGAGCAACUCGAGGAACAACCGAGUGAUGGUGGAGGGCGUCGGGGCCCGGGUCGUGAGGGGGCCCGACUGGAAGUGGGGAAAGCAGGAUGGCGGCGAGGGCCAUGUGGGCACCGUGCGCAGUUUCGAAAGCCCCGAGGAGGUGGUGGUGGUCUGGGACAACGGCACGGCCGCCAACUACCGCUGCUCGGGAGCCUAUGACCUGCGCAUCCUCGACAGCGCGCCCACCGGGAUUAAACAUGAUGGGACUAUGUGUGAUACUUGUCGCCAGCAACCAAUAAUUGGUAUUCGAUGGAAAUGUGCGGAAUGUACAAAUUAUGAUUUAUGCACAGUAUGUUAUCAUGGGGAUAAACAUCAUCUAAGACACCGCUUUUACAGAAUAACCACACCUGGAAGUGAAAGGGUAUUACUGGAAUCUCGCCGUAAAUCAAAGAAAAUCACUGCAAGAGGAAUCUUUACAGGUGCCAGGGUGGUACGAGGAGUUGAUUGGCAAUGGGAAGAUCAAGAUGGUGGCAAUGGACGUAGGGGCAAAGUAACUGAAAUCCAAGAUUGGAGUGCAUCAAGUCCACACAGUGCAGCAUAUGUUUUGUGGGACAAUGGAGCUAAAAACCUUUACAGAGUUGGCUUUGAGGGCAUGUCAGACCUUAAAUGUGUCCAGGAUUCAAAAGGAGGAUCCUUCUAUCGAGACCACUGUCCUGUGCUUGGUGAACAGAAUGGCAACCGAAAUCCUGGUGGUUUACAGAUUGGUGAUCUAGUGAACAUUGAUCUUGACUUAGAAAUUGUUCAGUCAUUACAACAUGGUCAUGGAGGAUGGACUGAUGGAAUGUUUGAAACCUUAACAACUACUGGCACAGUUUGUGGUAUAGAUGAAGAUCAUGACAUUGUUGUACAGUAUCCAAGUGGGAAUAGAUGGACCUUUAACCCUGCUGUUCUUACUAAAGCCAAUGUUGUCCGAAGUGGAGAUGCUGUACAAGGUGCUGAAGGUGGUACUUCACAAUUUCAAGUGGGUGAUCUUGUCCAAGUUUGUUAUGACUUAGAAAGAAUUAAGCUGCUUCAAAGAGGACAUGGUGAAUGGGCUGAAGCAAUGCUUCCUACUUUAGGUAAAGUUGGAAGGGUCCAGCAGAUCUACUCAGAUAGUGACUUAAAAGUAGAGGUUUGUGGAACUUCUUGGACGUAUAAUCCCGCUGCUGUGUCAAAAGUAGCAUCCGCAGGCUCUGCUAUAAGCAAUGCAUCUGGUGAGAGAUUGUCCCAGUUGUUGAAGAAAUUAUUUGAAACUCAAGAAUCUGGGGAUCUUAAUGAAGAACUGGUUAAAGCAGCUGCUAAUGGAGAUGUAGCCAAAGUGGAAGAUUUGCUUAAGAGACCUGAUGUAGAUGUGAAUGGACAGUGUGCAGGACACACAGCUAUGCAAGCUGCAAGUCAGAAUGGACAUGUUGACAUUCUGAAGUUGCUUCUGAAACAGAAUGUGGAUGUAGAAGCAGAGGACAAAGAUGGAGACAGGGCUGUUCAUCAUGCAGCCUUUGGUGAUGAAGGAGCUGUGAUAGAAGUUUUACAUAGAGGCAGUGCAGAUCUCAAUGCUCGCAAUAAACGUAGACAGACGCCACUUCAUAUUGCUGUGAAUAAAGGUCAUCUCCAAGUUGUGAAGACAUUACUGGACUUUGGUUGCCAUCCUAGUCUCCAGGAUUCUGAGGGUGAUACACCUCUUCAUGACGCAAUAAGUAAGAAGCGUGAUGAUAUUUUGGCAGUCCUCCUGGAAGCCGGAGCAGAUGUUACUAUUACAAAUAACAAUGGAUUUAAUGCUCUUCAUCAUGCUGCACUAAGGGGAAAUCCAAGUGCAAUGCGAGUGUUACUCUCUAAGCUUCCAAGACCAUGGAUUGUAGAUGAAAAAAAAGAUGAUGGAUAUACUGCUUUGCAUUUGGCAGCACUUAAUAAUCAUGUAGAAGUAGCAGAACUUUUGGUGCAUCAGGGCAAUGCUAACUUGGAUAUCCAGAACGUAAAUCAACAAACUGCACUGCACCUUGCUGUUGAAAGACAGCACACUCAGAUAGUGCGGCUUUUAGUUCGUGCAGGUGCUAAACUGGACAUUCAGGAUAAAGACGGGGAUACUCCCCUGCAUGAGGCUCUGCGACAUCAUACUUUGUCGCAGCUUCGCCAGCUCCAAGACAUGCAAGAUGUGGGCAAGGUAGAUACGGCUUGGGAGCCCUCCAAGAAUACAUUGAUAAUGGGAUUGGGUACUCAGGGAGCAGAGAAGAAAAGUGCAGCAUCUAUUGCCUGUUUCCUGGCAGCCAAUGGAGCUGACCUUGGUAUUCGUAACAAAAAGGGCCAGUCACCCCUUGACUUAUGUCCUGAUCCUAGCCUCUGUAAAGCAUUGGCUAAAUGCCACAAAGAAAAAGUCAGUGGACAGGUUGGUUCCCGAAGUCCUUCUAUGAUCAGCAAUGAUUCAGAAACCUUAGAAGAAUGCAUGGUAUGUUCUGAUAUGAAGAGAGAUACUCUAUUUGGCCCAUGUGGGCACAUUGCUACUUGUUCCCUCUGUUCACCAAGAGUCAAGAAAUGCCUCAUUUGCAAAGAGCAUGUUCAAUCAAGAACAAAGAUUGAAGAAUGUGUUGUAUGCUCAGAUAAAAAGGCUGCAGUACUCUUUCAGCCUUGCGGACACAUGUGUGCUUGUGAAAAUUGCGCCAGCCUUAUGAAAAAAUGUGUGCAGUGUCGGGCAGUGGUAGAACGAAGAGUUCCUUUUAUUAUGUGUUGUGGUGGGAAAGGUACAGAAGAUACCAUAGAUGACAUUACAAGUGGAAACAUUCCUGUUCUGCAGAAGGAUAAGGAUAACACUAAUGUCAAUGCUGAUGUACAGAAAUUGCAGCAGCAGUUGCAGGACAUAAAGGAACAGACCAUGUGCCCUGUAUGUUUGGACCGUCUGAAGAAUAUGAUCUUUCUCUGUGGUCAUGGAACAUGUCAGCUUUGUGGUGAUCGAAUGAGUGAAUGUCCUAUCUGUCGAAAGGCUAUUGAACGAAGGAUUCUUUUGUAUUAAAAUCUCAAGUGUCUUAUGGUUGCUUGUCACAUUACUACUAGAUUUUGCUUUUUGAAUCCCCAUACAUUUUAGUAGGUAUGAAAGGUUGUCAUGAAGACAUGUCUAGCAUUACAGGAAGAGUUACAUUGUAAAUGCUGAUGUCUACAACACAGAUUAUUAUUUGCACAGUCAACUUCUACCAUGAAGAAAUCUAAAGUAAGGUUAGUUUAGUUAACAGUGCAGUUUGUUUAUAUAUUUUGUCUGUCUUCUUCUCCCCAACCCCUUUAUGUUAAAGGGAUAAUCUUGAUUUUCUAGCUUGGCAUCUUUAUUUUACAUGUAUAAACUCUUAAUUUCAACCAUGUUAAUUUUUAUACUGUCAGUUACUUUCAUGUACGAAUAUUUUUAAUAUUCUAAAAUCUGUUUAUUUUAAAAUAUUUUCAUAGUAAUGUCAGUCAAACUACAAUAACAAGCUAAGUCUUUUAGCUAAGUUCAGGAAUUAAAACAUUUGACACAAUAAUUAAAUAGCACUUCAGUAUUACAUAUUGCCUUUAAAAUCUGAAAGCUGAUAAUUCUGCAUGGUCAGUGUUUUUUGAAGAAAAAUGAGAGCAAAAGUAGUUUUAUCAAGCAGACUCAUGACACAUUGCUCCUUCUAUAAUUAUCUACCAGAAAUACUUUCUCCAAAACUCAGGGAAAUUCCAGAUGUGUUUGAAAACAAUACAGGUUGCUACUAGUAAUAAAAAAGAGAACUUCACAAGCAAACUCUUCUGCCUGAAAGUUAUUUUGGAUCUUAUUUGAUGAACCAGUUCUUAGGACAGUGACAAAAUACAUUAUAUUGUUUGGGUAGUUAUUUUUUUAAACAAGCAUUCUAGCUAUAAGGUUGCAUUCAUAAUUGGCCAUGUUUAUACUUGCUCAUUGAAGUCAGUGAAACUUGAAUUAGUCAAAAUUAUAGUGGGUCUAGUAAACUAGACAUUAGUACCACUUUGCAAAAAGCAAAUAUAUAUCGAUUAUAUAACAUCUGUAGUUAGAAUAUUCAUGCUUUCUGCAAAUUUCACUAUAUUUGUCACCUUCCUUUACUGUCAGUCUUUCUGGAACUUGGGAUCAUUCCGUUAAUAUUUAAGUUUUAAUAGAAAUAACAUGAAAAGACCUAAGAAAACAAUUUGUUCUGAAUACACUGUGGUAAGGCUACAGUUGGAGUACCAAAUAUUAAAUUACCUUCUAAAGAUGAUGUGUGAUUUUUACAUUUAUAACCGACAGAAGUGCCAGUUCUUGUAUUUGUCACCAGUGGAUUCUUAUAAGCAUGUGAGUUGCUAUUCCUUUUAACUAGUACAAAAAUGAUUUAACUAAAAAAAUUUGCUUGUGGGAGUAUUCUAUAUUUGAUGAAUGCAAUCUUUGCCAAGAUUUGUUUGAGAUUUUUGUUUGUUUGCUUGUUUAGCUGCUGCUGCUGCUGCUGCUGCUGCAAAUGUCUGCAAAUUGCCUUGGAACAAUAUUGAUCAUGUUUUAUACCAACUUUUCCUGGUCCUGGAGCCUCCCCACAUCACCAAUUUUCAAUGGCAUUUUUUAAACUUCUUUUUCUUAAAACAUAAAACAAAUAAGCCUGAAAAUAGGCAUGUUACACCUCAGUCAGGGCUACAGUAGCACAUCUAUUUUCAGCAUCUCCCUCCUAAAACUUCUCUGAGCUUAAUAUUUUGGCUCUGCUCUCUCCAGAAAUGACAUCUAUCUGCAACCCUUGGAGGGCAGUUUUUUGUUUUUUUUUAAGUACAACUCCAACCUGCAAAGAAGUUGCCCUUUCCUGAUAUAUUUUGGAACACUACACCAAUACAUAGCUGUAGAGACUCACUUAGUAAAAUAUCUCAAUAUACUGAUAAUAUUUUUGCUAAUGAAAGUGUUUUAAGACUUAAUUUUUGCAAUUGCCAGGUAUCCAGAUUUCUGUAUUGGUAUAAUUAUGACAUUUGCAUACAUACAAAUUUGGAAUACUUGGAAUAAAUCCCUUUGAGUAUAUUAUGAAUUAAUUCUUAAUAAACAUAGAUAAGGACUGAACUGACAUGAUUUUGCAGCAUACCUUCUUUAGCUGCAUCAAAGUUAUUAGGCCUUUAGAACUAAAUCAUAUCAGUUUUUAAAAGGAUGCAUAGGAGAAAUGGGUUUUGGAAUGAUGUAUAAAUCUGUUAAAUCAAUGAACAGAUCAAGCAAAAAUCACUCUCUUAAGUUGGCGGUUGUAACGACUAUAUUUCUUUAUUGUUGUUCUUUCCCUGGCCAAGGCAUAUAUGUUCAUAGCCCUUGCCAGGAGUUGACUGGGAAUUUUAUUCUUUCAGAGCUGGGUUUGGGGAAGGCAGAGAAAAACCAUUUCCUUCAUCCCUGAAUACUAGAUGCAACAUGAUACCAUUAUCACUAGUAAUGCAGUUGCAGUUUAGUCUAUAACUUCAUAUGUUUGAAGUAUAGACAUCAUAGCUAAAACAUCCAAAUUAAUUUUUGGAUUUUUUUGCUUCUCUCUUUCCUGUUUUUUGUAACAUCUUAUCUGAAAAAGAGUUCUGGAGAAUUCAUACUCUUUUAUGGCAUUUUGGUUGUAAUAAAGAUAUUUACCCCAACUACA